UCGACUGUAGUCCAUUUGUUAUUUCUUUAACAACAAAAACCAUUAAAUUCCCUGCAAAGGCGUUUUACAGUUACUUUGUUGUCAUGUCGGCUUUAUAUAAGGAACAUGGUUAGCUGCUAGCUGUAGCCGCUGUUGAUCUGGAGGCUUUGUGUGGAGGAAAACAGCCGCCUCUCUUGAUCUCUUGGUUAUAAACGUGGGAAGACUCUCCCGGCAGUUUUUCACCGAGCAGUUCCCUGUUUUGGCCAAUGCUUGCUGCGCUACAGCAUGACCACAGCAGUGUCGGCUCAUCUGGUAGUUCUGGCAAAUGAAAAUGGAGGAGGUUUCAAUGUCCAGCCUGGACAACAGCAAGCUGGAGGGCCUAGCUCAGGACAUCCUGUCUGACCUGGUGGAGGAUGCAUGCCUGGGUCUUUGCUUCGAGGUCCACCGGGCCGUCAAGCAGGGCUACUUUUUCCUGGAUGACACGGACCAAGAAAGCAUGAGGGACUUUGAAAUUGUGGACCAGCCAGGACUGGAUGUGUUUGGCCAGGUGUACAACCAGUGGAAAAACAAGGAGUGCGUGUGUCCCAACUGCAGCCGAAGUAUCGCCGCGUCACGUUUUGCCCCACACCUGGAGAAAUGUCUGGGGAUGGGGCGCAACAGCAGCCGCAUAGCCAACCGAAGAAUAGUCACCGGAAACAACACCAACAACAAAUCAGAAAGUGACCAAGAGGAUAACGAUGAUGUCAACGAUAAUGACUGGUCCUACGGGGCAGAAAAGAAAGCCAAGAAAAGGAAAUCUGACAAGAAUCCAAACUCACCCAGAAGAUCAAAAUCGUUUAAACAUAAGAACAGCAUGAUGGGUCCUAGACGUCGCAUGGACAACCAGGAGAGCCCGCGCAUGCUAAUGAAAGACGAGGCAUUCCCUCAAUAACACACUCAGCCACAAAACACAAUUUCCAUCGUGUGUCCACGCACACACAAACGUACACACGGGAAGACCAAUAAGACUUCUCUCAUGGUUCUUUAUGUUGUGAAAUCAAUGGACGUCAAUGUUAAAGGUGACUUUUUUGGCGUUUGCUGCUCUGCUAAAGCAGUCUCGACCUCCCACUGUAUACUUGACAGAUUUUUUUUUUUUUUUUCACAAAAUCAUCGUACCAACACUUUUGGUUAAUUUUGUUUCUUUUUUUCUCUCUUUUUGCUGGAGUCCAAAAUAAUGAAUAUCAGCGUUUGUAAUGACACUGCACGGAGGUAGAUUCUUUCAGAGGCCAAGCAGAGGCAGCUGUGUUAAGAGUGAAAGUGUGCACAUACAAUAUGUUGUUUCUUUAAAAUACUGAAAUGAUUAGCCAGUAGGUCUUCUUAUAAUUCCUCACCUUUUGAAAAAAACAGUGUCAAAGACAAUCAUUACAAAUGGUUUGUCUUUUUUUGUUUUUACUUCAGUCUCAUAGUCCCUCGGAGUGUGACAUUCACUCAUGGAAACUUGAUUUGAAAUGCUCAGAAAAAGAACCCAUGACUGUACACGCAGCAUAUUUCUGCUGCAGGAAGCAGGUUUGUUUGUUUCAUUUUUUUUUUGGUGAAUAGAUCAGCUUGUUUUCUAGCAUUCAAAAUGUCUUUGUAUCAUGUGUUUACAUUGUAAAGGGUUAUAUAUAUCCUUGGUGUGAAGUGAUAGUGUAAAUAUUCCAAUAGUUGAAUUGCUGCUAUCAUGGCUCAGUUUGUUUCAUUUGUCUAGCAUAAUAAAUGAUUUGUUAC